CCUAAAAUUAGUCAAAACGUCUAGUUUCCAAAAAUAAAAUAAGCAAAUAAAUUACCAAUUUCAUACUUUAAAAAAAAAUUAAUAUAAUUAAAAAUUAAAAAUAAUUAAAUUUUUAUCGCCACUUUCUCUUAGGAGAUAUCUACAUAAACUAAGAAACAAAUAACUCAAUAGGAAUUCUGAUUUAUGGGUAUAUCGAAUUGCAAUUCGAUAUGCAUAUAAUUAAAUUACACCGAUCAUUAUUGAAAAUAAAGAAUGCCAUUCCAAGAUACUCUACUAUUACGGCUCUUGAAGAAAGUGAAUACACCGAGACACCGGAGUAUCCCCCUAUACUGGAUAUGACUCGGGAAGGAAAAUUAUUGCGUCGAAGACAAAGUUUUCAAAGCAAAAUACAAGAACUAAACACGAUAGAAGAGAAACAAAUAGCCUUAAAUAUGCCUCGUUAUUAUGGAUGGCAGUGUAUAAUGUUGAACAAUGAUAAAGUUCCGUACAACGCAAUGCCCUUAGUACAGUAUUAUACUAGGAGUCAUUUCAUACCGGUCGCUAAACUUCCGGAAGCAUACAAUGAAAUCGAACAACAAGCUAGUAAUAUUCUUCAAGAAAUCAAAUCACAAAUAGAAGAUGCCAUAGCUAUUGAAUUAACUGAUGUUGAGAGGAACUUCAAAUUCUUACAAGAUAAAUCUAUAAAAAUGCAACAAGAAGAUACAAUUACAAAAUGUGUUGUGAGACAAAUAAACAGAAUUAUAAUGAACAAUCUCAGUGAUAACUUGCCUCAUAUUUUGUCAACACAGAUUGAUUAUGAUGCUCGUCAUGAAGCAUUUUGGCAUAUUGGUGGUGUUGAUCCCCCGACCACAACAGUAAAAUGGCGAAAAGAAAAUAAAUGGCCAAAAAGUACACAUUAUGAAAGUACAGAUAGGCCUGUACAAUAUAUUGGGUCACCAAUACUAACUCUGAGAAAUCGCCACCCACUAAAGCCGCUGAUCCCAUAUAGCGAAGCAGAGAAUCCGGCAUUCAAAGUUGAUAAGUUUACUACUAUACCUGGCAGUGUUGGUUACUUUCGUGAAUUUCGUCAUGGAACUAAUAUACCAGGUUUUUGGCCAGGAGAUAUAGAUGAAUUCGGUUUAUUGUCAUACCAUGGUCGUGGUCAUAUACUAGACAGGAAAACGUCAUUUGGCGAGCAAGAUAAUAUUGAGGCGUUACACUGUCAAGCAAUGAAAGCUAGCUUUGGUUGGUUAUUAGCUCAAGCAAAUUAUCAAGGUUUCACCACAUUCAAUGAUUUGACGUACCCACUUGUGACACAAACCGUGAUCACUAAUGGUAAACUUUGGUCUUUGUAUGCAUACCAAUUAAAUACAAUUGUUAUGCAUAAUGAUACGGUAGACAGUAAUCCCAAACAUAACAUAUGUUUCGGGACGAAACCUCUUCAAUUGUAUGAAACGAUUGAGAAUGGAAAAGUGCUUGGUCUGAAUGAAGACGUCCUAAAAAUGUUACUGCAGUUCUACAUGAAUGCACCGGCAGAGCGCGAUCAUGCAAUGAAACCAUAUUUAGGUAAAGACGAAAAGGUGGUAGCCGAUAUUGAAGAUGACAAUAGGCGCUGUUGGUUAGAGGAGAGGUACAAGUAUUUAGUGUCUAACAGACCCAAACAUAGUCUGAUACCUGAAGUCUACCUUUGGGAAAAAAUAUACAAGAUUCAACAUAAUACAAGAUUCUUUGAAGCGAAAAGGAGGCCAUUUGAGCGUGGAAUCAAUCCCUUCAAUAGAAGAUUAGAUGAUCAUAUAUCACCUUACAUACCCAAAGUACUCAGGGAAUAUCCCAGAAGCAAAAAGAAGUUUGAAGCAACAUACUACCCUCAAGUUUGAAAUCAUCGUGAAUAAAUCGUUUAAAGUUACAAAAAUAAACAAAAAAUUACUAGUUUGAUUUAAAAAAA